AGAUUCUCCCAGUUUUCAUCAAGCUUUCGAGUUACUCAAUCAUUUUUGAGAAAAUAAAACUUUCGCAAAAACAAAAAAUGCGUUGCGGAGCUUUUUCGCUGUUGUUCCUUGUCAUCUGCCUCUGCGCAGUCAUGUUUCAGUCCGGAAGUGCGAGACCUUCUGAGGAAUUCCGACCUCGUGAACGCCAGUUGAUCGCGGAAUGGGCCUCACGGAUCCUCGCAAUGACCACGAAUUCCGGCAAUAAUUCGCCUUACGAUCAAUUGAUUCCGAUGACAGCGUCCAAACGCAAUGCUGAACUCAUCAACUCGCUGCUCGGGAUCCCGAAAGCCAUGAGCGAAGCCGGAAAACGAUGAACAUUUCCGCGAAAUCCGAGGACUUGAGAAAAAAGAAAACAUAACCAAAGAAUUCUAAAAAAAAAAUGUAUAUCCGGAGAACAUGGGUAUAAAAAGCGCGAGACUCGAAUCGAAAACCAGAAGCUUUCCUUCGGACAUUUGUUUUCUUCCCAAAAAUGCCCACGUCGAUCUCAUCUUGCAAAAAUUCUGGAUGAUUCUCCUUUUUUUUGUGUCAUUCCAACUGUUGCUGCUGAGGAUGUUUUUCCUCGGUCGUCGCAUUGUUGAGAACCGGUGCCAUUUUUCUCGUUUACAAAUUGACACGUUUCGGUCGGUGACAGCCAAUAAAGAAAUGUGAAAAAAAUUACGGAACACAAGAAA